UUAGUGAAGUCACGUUUCCUGUCAGCAGUUGGUGGAGAUCAAAUUCGCAUUUUGAGAAAAAGCUGAUGGUCCUCUUCAAAUUUUGAUGGUUCUUCUUUUCUGUUUGCCUCACGGGAGAACACCAGUAAUUAAUUAUUUCAUAAACUAUGCUCACGACACUGUAAAAAGUGGCCAGAUGUGUUAGUCUGGACUUGAGACUGUCCAGGUGAAAAUGAACAUGCAUGGUGCCAGCGGAGGCUGUGACCGAUCCAGAGAUCGACGGCGCUCCAGUGACCGCUCUCGGGACUCCUCGCACGAGCGUGCCGAAGGCCAACUCACACCCUGUAUUCGCAACGUGACCUCACCCACACGCCAACACAACAGCGAUCGCGAGGGCGGCUCAUCGCGGCCCAGCAGCCCCAGGCCUCAGAGGAUCUCUCCCAGCAGCAGCAGCAGUGGGGUGGCCAGCAGUCGUAACAGUAGCUUGUCCAGUUCAGAGGGCACCUACAAGAGCAUGGUCCCCGGUGAGAUGGUCUUCGUCUAUGAGAAUGUCAAAGAUGGAGCCCGCAGCGUCCGCACAUCAGAGAAGGUCACGCUCAUCGUGGACAACACUCGCUUCGUGGUGGACCCCUCGAUUUUCACAGCACAGCCCAACACCAUGCUGGGCAGGUUAGGAGCAGACCGCUCAUCUGAUACAGGAAUGUUUGGAUCUGGACGGGAACACAAUUUCACCCGACCCAACGAAAAAGGAGAGUAUGAGGUGGCAGAGGGCAUCAGCUGCACUGUAUUUCGGGCAAUUCUGGAUUACUAUAAAUCUGGGAUAAUCCGUUGUCCUGAUGGAAUCUCCAUUCCCGAGCUAAGGGAAGCGUGCGACUAUCUGUGCAUCUCUUUUGACUACAGUACUAUCAAGUGUCGAGACCUGAGUGCCCUGAUGCACGAGCUGUCCAAUGACGGCGCUCGGCGGCAGUUUGAGUUCUAUUUGGAGGAGAUGGUGCUCCCUCUGAUGGUGGCAAGCGCUCAGAGCGGAGAGAGGGAGUGUCACAUCGUAGUGCUCACAGACGAUGACGUGGUGGACUGGGACGAGGAGUACCCGCCUCAGAUGGGAGAGGAGUAUUCACAGAUUAUAUACAGUACAAAACUGUAUCGUUUCUUCAAGUACAUUGAAAACCGUGAUGUAGCCAAAUCAGUUUUAAAGGAGCGAGGACUUAAGAAAAUUAGGCUGGGUAUUGAAGGUUAUCCAACAUACAAAGAGAAGGUGAAAAAGCGUCCCGGUGGUCGACCCGAAGUCAUCUACAACUACGUCCAAAGACCCUUCAUCCGCAUGUCCUGGGAGAAGGAGGAAGGCAAGAGUCGACACGUGGACUUCCAGUGCGUGAAGAGCAAGUCCAUCACGAACCUGGCAGCGGCCGCGGCAGACAUUCCCCAGGACCAGCUUGUGGUGAUGCAUCCCGGACCACAGGUGGAUGAACUGGACAUUCUUCCCAACCACCCUCCCCCCGGUCAACACUACAGCAACAACUUCAACAACGAGCCUGACCCCGACGCCCCCUCGCCUGCCGUCUGAGAGCAGACGCCCCUUCACAGCAUGCUGCAGCAUGAACCAGAGUGACACUAUAACCAGAUUGCCUUCUGCACCUCCUCCACAGCCUUAGAGCCUCAACUGUCUAGUUACUGUAUUUAAAAAAGAAAAGGAAAAAAAAAUACACCGUGGACUUGGGAUUACUGGCAUGGGCAGUGCUCUCUCGUUUCGUCUUCGCUGUUCUCUUUUUUUACUUGACCAAAGGAAAUUUAUUUUUGUUUGUUUUGAAAUGAAGUUAGCAACCUCACUUAUUUUGUAAUUGGGCCUAUUAUAUGAUUAUUAUAAUUACUGUUCUUUUCCAUUUGACUAUAUUACUGCAAAGAGUUUAAUUAUUAUGAAGUUCCUUUCACUUGAUGCAUUUGGGUUUGGUGCCACUUUUUCUUUUGGAAAGCUCUUCCCCCCCCUUGAUCUCCUCAGAAGGUUCUUUUGCCUGGUGAAUAAAUGCAGUGUUUUUCUUAGGUGGACAUUAAUUUAUCUGCUCAAGAUCUGUCUGUUCAAGCGCUUGAAAAUCAUUGUAUUAAUAAAGAUAUAUAAUAUAA